AUGCAGACCACCCAUACAUCAACAGCUGCCAGACAAUCUCAAGACGUCUCCGCCAGCAAACUUAAACGACUGCUUGACCACAAUGAACAUUUGAAAGAUCAGCUGAAUGUCCCGAGAACAACUGUUUCUGAAGCAGCUACAAGACUUGUAGAUUAUUGCAACAGUACAAAAGAUCCAUUGGUUCCGUCUGUGUGGGGAGCUGUGGAUAAAAAAGAAGAUCCUUAUGGUCCCACCAAGAAAUCCCACUGCUGCACCUUGAUGUGA